CGGGGCGGACUCGCGGAUCCUGUUCCUGUCAGAGUAUACAUACACACACACACACACAUACACACUCUUUAGGCUCGUGUUCACGGACUCAGGAGCUCGAAGACCGGUCCAGGUUUGGGUACCGCACCGUGCGCUUCAGCGAACCCCUCCGCUGGGAUUAAGAGAAAUGGAUGAAUGAAACUGAAAGCAGGUUUCCCACAAACUUGGUCCAGAACGUGCACCCCGAACUCCUCUCCAAUGACAUCUGGGACUGGUUUUGCGUGCUCUCCUCCUUUCUUUCAGGGAUGGACCUGAUGAUGGGGUUAUGAAGGCAACUCAUGGAAGAUAUAUACAUCAUGAAGAAACUGCGAACAACCAAAAAUGUUCAUUCACUUUCUUUUAAGGGAUGUGGUUUGUGUUCUCACUCUAUGCAGUUUACUCAAUCAGGUCCAGGAAGGCUAGUCAUGUGUCAUCACCCCUCAACAUGAGUCCAGUGGAAUAAACAACGAAUCCCAGACAGACAUUCUCUCAGUGGCCUGUAAUGCAACAGCAGCAUCAGACAGGAAGGAAAGAGCAGGGUGCACAGAGAAAGUAGUGGGACCAUAUGUGAUGUGAGUCACUGGUGAAUGGCGUCUGUUACCAAUGACCGGAUCGGAAAUAGAAAUAGCCAGGUUCUGGACCUCGUCAAACCUUACUGGGCCCCAGCCAGUGGGGAAGGAGAAGGGGACGUGACCAAUGGGCCUCACCCUUGACCGCAAACAUAAGGAUGAGGAAUCCAGACAAUGCAGGAUGCUGCGGAGGGGUCUGCUGGCCUGGGUGUCCCGUGUGGGCGUGCUAUUGGUCUUAGUGUGCUGCUCUCUGUCCCUCCUCUACGUGAUGACCUGCAGCCCCCACUCCGAGGACAACCUAGUGAGCCACGCCCUGCCACGCCCCGGGCUGGGGGUAGGGGCAGCAGGGGGCAUAGGGGCGGGUCAGAGCGGACCCCCGGGGCGGGAGGACUACCAGGCCAUGCUAGCGGAACGCGAGGAGCAGCACAAGCUACACAUGGCGAGUCUGAAGAAGCAGAUCGCCCAGUUAAAAGACGCACUGCAGGAGCGUAGUGAGCAGCUCAAAGGAGUUCAAGACACAAUGGAACGGGCGGCAGGGAGAGGCCGGGGCGGACAGUCCCCAGGAGGAGGUGCCCUCGGGGAGGGGGGCCAGGGGCCUGGGGCUGACAGGAGCCACACGGACCUCCAGGAGUUCCUUCGCAGUCAGCUGGGCCGGGCGGAGGUUCACCAGGGGACCAGACUACCCAAUGAGUAUGCCGUGGUGCCCUUUGAGAGCUUCACCCUGCAGAGGGUGUACCAGCUGGAGAUGGGCCUGACCAGGCACCCUGAGGAGAAGCCCGUGAGGAAGGACCGGAGGGAUGAGCUGAGUGAAGCGCUGGAGACAGCCCUGCGGAGCCUCAACACACCCCGAGACGGAGCAGACAAGGGCCGGACCACCAAGGUCUACUCCCCAUCAGACUUCAUAGAAGGUAUCGCUCGGACGGAGAAGGACAAAGGCACUCUGUAUGAGCUCACCUUCAAAGGGGACCAGAGCCGUGAGUUCAGGAAGCUGGUUCUGUUCCGUCCCUUUGGGCCCCUGAUGAAGGUGAAGAAUGAGAGGGUGGACACGGCUAACGUCCCCAUCAACAUCAUAGUGCCCCUCUCCCAGAGGGCCGACAAGUUCAGACACUUCAUGCACAACUUCAGAGAGGUGUGUGUGCGGCAGGAUGGGCGUGUCCACCUCACAGUGGUGUAUUUUGGGAAGGACCAGAUGAAUGAAGUCCGGAGCACUCUGGAGAACACGUCUAGGGAGAUCAACUUUAAGAACUUCUCCCUGCUCCAGCUGAAUGAGGAGUUCUCCAGGGGGCGUGGCCUGGAUGUGGGCGCCAGGGCGUGGAAGGGAGGAAAUGUCCUCCUCUUCUUCUGUGACGUCGACAUCUACUUUACCGCCGACUUCCUGAACACCUGCCGUCUCAAUGCUCAACCUGGUAAGAAGGUCUUCUAUCCUGUUCUGUUCAGCCAGUAUAACCCAACCCUGAUCUACGGCAAUCAUGACCACAUCCCGCCAGUUGAACAGCAGCUGGUGAUUAAAAAGGACACAGGAUUAUGGAGAGACUUUGGCUUCGGAAUGACGUGCCAGUACAGAUCAGAUUUCAUCAACAUAGGUGGUUUUGACGUGGACAUCAAAGGUUGGGGUGGUGAGGAUGUUCACCUUUACAGGAAGUACCUGCACAGCAACCUGCUGGUGGUCCGGUCCCCAUCGCGGGGCCUCUUCCACCUAUGGCACGAGAAGCGCUGUGCUGACGAGCUGCCCCCGGAGCAGUACAGGAUGUGCAUGCAGUCCAAGGCCAUGAACGAGGCCUCACACGGCCAGCUGGGCAUGCUCUUCUUCCGACACGAGAUCGAGGCACACCUGCGUAAGCAGAAACCCCAGCGGUCCAUUGCCAAAAAGACAUGAGGGGAAUCACACAGGAAUCUAGACUACGGGAGGAGGGCAUGACAGUAUGACAGUCAGAGACAGUGAGGGGGGGAACAACAACAAAACAGAGAUCUUCUGUUAUGAACAGUGAUGACUCACUAUAGAGGAAAGUCACUCCAAUAUAUCCUCCCUUUUGUUGUGCCAAAAAGGGCACAACAAAAGACACCUAAGACACCUGCCGUUACUUGAAGAAGUGCAAGCACUGUGAAGACGACAGUUUAUAUGGCCAUCAGAAAUACUUGUAUUGACUGCUCCUCUGUGUUUUGGUCUAAAAUCAUGUGCCUCAUGUUGACUGACUGACAGCUGGUUUUAAGAAUCAUGAUGUGGCAUUGCUGGUUUCUUGAAGGAGGCUGGAGGAAGACUGGAACAAGAUUUCCCUGUGUCUUACUAGAGCCACCUUGUGGACAGGAGGAAAACAGCAUGACAGUGAAGGGAAUGUGGACACUGAAGCUCAAGUCAUGUAACCUGGUUACAUGACAAUACACUCAGACAGAUGGUCAAUCAAUAAAUGAAAACAGGUGUUAGUGAUGCUUAUUUAGCGAGCCAAUGACAACAACAAAGGAGGGACACGGACACUGUUAGACAUUCAUUAUUUCUCAAGCUCCACAGAAUCAUUAUGGUGCUCUGCUUUUUCACGAGUUUCAUUAAUCCUGCCUGCAUGUGCUUUUAUGUGGUUUUUCAUCAUCAAGAAACAAAACAGUGCAGUUUUGUCUUGUUUGAAGGGACAAAAUAAAUAUAGAAUAUUUUUUUACACUGGGCAGUAUUUUGGUUCGCAGUUUGAGAAUGAAGCUACAGUACAUGUAUGACGAAGAUUAUAUGGUCCUGAGAGAAAAUAUGGGUACAGUGUCCUUUGUUUUGAGUAUGGGCUAACAUUGUGCAAAUAAUAUAUUUUAGAAUAGAUGUAUUACACUUCUGUUGCAUAAUUAAGUUAUCCAGUGAUAAAAUUAUAGAAUGAAUUUCACACAACUUUUGUUGGAAAAAGAAAAAGCCUUCCUCCAAAAAUUCUUAUUUAAUAUUAACAAUUGUUAGUUACAUCACUCAUUUGCCUAUUCUUUCUUAGAAGCUGAAAUGGCGGUGGCUUGACACAAGUCUACAUGAGCCAAAUUAAGUUUAGUGGUAGUAUAAUGCUUCCAUGUCUACAGAGCACUAUAAGACCAGGAAAAGGCCUGUAUGAAAGUGCAAUUGAAGACAAUCUGAAAUGGAAUGUUAAUAUGGAAAGAGGGUCUGAUAUUUGAACGUGGCAAAUUGUUUUGACGUUAAUCCUGAUGGAUUUCUACUGAGAGUAUUUCUUCGGAGAUGUAUAAACUAUAGAUAAAUACAUUCUCACAGGCUUGACAUUCACAGCGAGUGACAAUGAUUUUAUGCCUUUAAUAACGAGCUCACUUAUUCGUCUUAAAAUAAAUAUUGAGAAAUUUGAUUUAAUUCCCAGGUCUUUUGUUUUCAAGAAAGCACUUGGGUUGCUUCACAUGGAAGAAUUUGAACCUAAAUUUGUGUCGGAUGACCAAAACCUGUAAAAAGAGUCAGGAGGAUGCACCUUUUUAAUUGUUUUACGUUGUAUUGUUUCGUGAAAGGAUACGUCUAUCUGUUAAUAAUAAAUAUAACUUUCCUGAUGAAGCUCUUGAUUGAUUCUCAAUUCAUGCCCAUUUUUUGUGUCUUAAUUGUUCCGUUUGAAGUGUCUACAUUUGAAAUAAAUGUGUGUACUCAUUUUGAGACCCUUGUAAUAGUUUGAAAUGAAGAAAUAAAAUUAUAUUCUGGUCUUGAUGCUUCUUCA